AAAAAUAUUUUUUCGUGUAAUUUAUUAUUGUUUACAUAAAGGUUACUAACUAUACUACUAUAUGCUGAAAAGUUUGUUAUAAUCGUUGAAUAGUAUUUUACCAACGUUGUCCAUCCAUAACCAACUACAUAUUAUCUUGUGUUUGUACUUAGCGGCCAUACACAAGUUAUCAAGUUGAUAUAUUCGACAUGAUAUUACGAUCAAAAAUCCUGCCAAAAUCCAUAAAAGAUGCAAUGGUAACAGGAUUUGUGUUAAUUAUUAUUCCGCUAAUUUACUAUUUUGAGUUGUUUAUAGUCUUACCGAGAUAUUACAGACAGUGGGGGUUUACAUAUAAUUUACAUUUUCUCACUGGCACCUUUAUACUUUUCAAUGUCUGUUCGAAUCUGGUUGCGAUAAUGAUGUGCGAUACAAGUAUAAAAGGAAGAGUUUUACCUACACAGUUGGACCCUGAUGGAAGAUUCUGUUUAGUGUGUGAAACUAUAGCACCUCCAAGAUCAUGGCAUUGUGAAACCUGCAACGUUUGCAUUCUGAAAAGAGACCAUCACUGCAUGUUUACUAGUUGUUGCAUCGGCAACGAUAACCAUCGUUAUUUUCUGAUGUUUGUACUCUACAUGUUCAUCGCAACAGUGUAUGCAUCAUAUUAUAAUAUUUACUUUCUUUGUGAUUACAUAACUUUUGAUUCAUGGAUAUCAAUAUUUAAGAUAGUAUUUCCUUUGGCUACUUUGUUCAUGGAAUGGACAGAAAAUCAGUUAUACGUAUUUUUCAUAAUAAUUGUGUUAUUAGGAGGUGCGUUCACAGGAGCUUUAUUACAGUUUCAUAUAGAUUUGAUGUUGAGAAGUGUAGUAACAUACGAACGUAAUAUGAAAAGCAAAUAUGAUAGAGGUCAAUGGAAGAAUAUUGAAAUAGUUUUGGGACAUAGAUGGCAUUUGGUCUGGUUGACACCCUGGAUUGAAAGUAAACUACCUUGUGAUGGAAUCAACUGGGAUAAAAUGUUCUCUUCAAAGACAGAAUAAUAGGAAAAAUCUUUGACUACCUCUUAUCAACUAUGUCUUUAUAAAAAGCAACAAAAAAUAUUUGAAGGAACAAGUUGUUGAACAUCAAUUUACUGAAUUUGCACUUCACACAUAUCUUUCAUUAUCAGUAUUACUUUUAAAUUUUAAAAUUGAAAGUAUGUUCAGAAAUAAUUGCAUGAGAAUUUUAUGAAGUCUUCAAACUUGGGAUUUAGUCAUUAAGUCACCAAUGAAAUCAAUGUCAAUUUUUGUUUUAGUAAAACACAAAUAUUCAUUCA